CUCUACCGAUUUAUUCCCCAAUUCACCUCGUUGCUGUUGGUAUGGAAACUGACUCUGUUGUGUUUUUUUGUCUUUGCAGUCCAAGCCCACCUGACAUACGAACUCAAGUCUCCUCACACAAACACAAGGAAUGCAAACAAAGUCGCCACAAAGGCCAUUGCCUGGUCAUCCGAUGGCAAAUACUUCGCUUGGUCAUGUGGUAACGGCUAUGUGGUUUUGUCUCCAUGGGACACUCAACUCAACAAAAUCGUCGGAGUUAGUUCCGGCAGAAUCCAGCUGUGGAAUGCCUACAGUGGACACCUGCUCCUCUACCUCCACGACCACACCAAACAAGUCGGUUGCCUUGAUUUUGCUCCCGACGGCAGCUUAAUCCUGCUGUCUGGUUCCAAUGAUGGUACCCUAAAGUUCUGGGACCUCAACGAUGAUGGGAACAUGACCCACACACUUCAGAUGCCGCUACACAGCACCGUGCACUGUUGCAAGUUCUCUCCGCAAGCCAACUACCUCGCUGCAACUGGCACCAACAGACUGGUUGUUAUCUGUCAAACCUCCAAAAGUAAAAGAUUUGAUCCCGUCCGUAAGUUAUGCGGUCACCAAAACGUUGUUGUGUCCUGCGACUUCUCGCCAGAUGGCGCUCUAUUGGCCACAGCAUCCUACGACACACGAGUCAUCAUCUGGAAUUGGUACAAGGGAGUCUGUCUCAGACAGUUGGGACACCUGUUUCCAGCCCCCCGGCCAAUAUUUGCUGGUGGAGCAAAUGAGUAUCAUGUCAGAUCUGUUGCAUUCUGUGAUUUUGGAACCAACAUAUCGACUGUUGCUGAUGAUGGGUGAGUGAUGUUUUUUAUUGUAUUA